AUGGGAGAACAUGUUUACUACUACAAGACAAUCAGAGAGAAAGGGUGCUCAGGGCGCCAGAAGGCCGACCCCACAGGAUCUACAGCCCUCGAUUCGGGGGCGCUCCCCCGCAACCUGCGCCCAGCUUCGGGGAGGAGCUUUCAGGGUGCCAGGCGGAAUAACCGGGAGGCCGGCGGCGCUCACCUGGCUCGGCGGGCGGCAAUGAGACCGCGGCGCCUCGCCCUGAGCUCGGCCGCCAGGUGGCAGCAAAGCGCCGCCGCCGCCCCAGCUCGGCGGCAGAUGCUGUGGCUGCUCUUCCUGACCCUUCUGGGCCCGGGGGGCUUCGUGCUUGUGUCCCUGGAUCCCAACCUGAGGAGGGAGCAGCAUGGCACGGUGGGGGUGCACGAUGCCCCUCCCGGCCGGUGGCCAUGGCAGGCCAGCCUCCGAAGGCACAGCAAGGAGCGUGAGCAGUGGGAGCACGUGUGCGGGGGCUCCCUCGUCCACCCCCAGUGGGUGCUCACCGCGGCCCACUGCACUGGACGGGAAAGCCCGCAGGCUUCUGCCUUCAGGGUGCAAGUCGGGCAGCUGAGGCUCUAUGACCCAGACCAGCUGAUGAAGGUGACUGAGGUCAUCCCACACCCUGAUUACGACCACCUCCUGUCUGCCAAAGGGGGCGCGGAUAUAGCCCUGCUGAGACUGGAGACACCCGUGACCCUCUCCCCUCACGUCCAGGUGGUCUCCCUCCCACCUGCCUCACUGAGGGUCCCUGAAAGGAAAAUGUGCUGGGUGACCGGCUGGGGUGACAUCAGACUCGGAGGGCCGCUGCGCCCGCCCCACCACCUGCAGGAGGUGGAGGUGCCCAUCGUGGGGAACGAGGUUUGUAACCGGCACUAUCAGAACACCUCUGCAGACGCCGCCCGGCAGAUCAUCAAGGACGACAUGCUGUGUGCGGGCAGCGAGGGCCGGGACUCCUGCCAGGGUGACUCCGGGGGCCCCCUGGCGUGCAGCUGGAAUGGCACCUGGGUCCAGGUGGGCGUUGUCAGCUGGGGAGACGUCUGUGGCCAUCGCGACCUCCCUGGGGUGUACACCCGGGUGACCAGCUACGCGUCCUGGAUCCACCAGUAUGUCCCGCCCCCCCAGACCCUAGACGGGGCAGGGGACAGGUCUGCACGCUGA